GGUUGUGUUGUUGUGGGCGGGUGACUUGAAGCUGAUAUUAGCUUUACCUGCCUUUGACACCAUGUGGAGCUACACACAGUCAAGGCAGUCAAGUCUACAGGAUGAACCUGAUGUCUGCAACUGGGACUGAAAUGAAACAAUACCUAAAUAUGAAAUAUGACUGUUAAUCUGCCUGUGAAGCCAUGGCCUCCAGUCUUCUUCUCCUCCUGCUGCUCCUGUACAGUCUGACUGUAGCUGUAGCCCAGCUCAGGCUAUUCAACCUGCGUGCGAGCGAUCUGCACUCUAACAUCCUGGGAACCCCAGACGCCUACGUCAAGGUGUUUUGUGGCUCUGCCGACCUUGGGGAGACAUCUGUUCGCAACAACAACCCCAACCCCUGGUGGGAGGAGGAGUUCACACAUUUCAAGGCCCAGCAGAACGACAUACUUAGGCUUGAGGUUCACGACAGUGACUUCCUCUUUGAUGACUUGGUGGGAGUCUGCCAGCGUCAGAUCAAGCUGGGAACCCAUGAGCACGACUGCUACUUGGAGAGAGGUGGCACCCUCCAUUACUCAUAUACCCUUGGUGCAGGUCAUCAGGCCUGAGACCUUUGGUUGUUACAGGCAGCUUGUACACAUCUCCAUAUGUGGUUUUCUCAAUGUCCUGUAAUCCAUCUUUCAGGUUUUGAACUGA